GCCUAUCUGAGUAAGCUGCGUUACGUCACUUGGCGCUCGCUUCAAGCAAAACGGCUGCGCCAGAAAAGUAGAAACUUAAACUCCUCUACUCAUACUAUUCAAAACCUCUAUUUCUUCUAUAUACAAGCUCAUCCCUUAAUUCUUCUUUACAGCUCUUCAUAUUUAUUCAACUUUCGGUAAAGACUAACUGUGAUUGCUAAAACUGCUCCAACUCUAACGAUUUCUUCCAUAUUUUAUCGUGGAUCGUAUUUUUUAUUUCUUAGAGUUGUUAUUUUCGAUCUAAAGAAGCAGUAAAAAAUUUAUAACUUGUGUAUAUUAAUAUAAUGGCUGAAAACUUUGCCAAAGCGAGCCAAUAUCAAUAUGCCGCGACUUCCAGUCUGGUACUGCAAGCUAAUCGUAAAGGAUUACCGCGCAGAGAUCAAGAACCAACGGGUGAACCCGAUUCACUUUGGGGUAAAAUCGAUCCCAAGGAUUUUGGCUCACGCGCUGAAAGAGAAACACCCAAUAUAGAAGCAAAAAAGAAAAAAGCAGCUGCGAAGAAACAGUCUACUGGGGAAGACACCUCAGAAAAAAGACGUAGAAAGAAAGAGGAGAAUGCCUUCAAUAGGGCUUAUGGUUAUUCUUCUGUAUUAUCAGCAACUGAAGAUUGGGAAGGCCUCAAUUAUAGACCUCGUACAAAAGAAACACGCGAGGCAUAUGAGCAUAUAUUAGCAUUUGUUUAUGAACAUUUGGGUGAUCAAGCACGUGAUGUCAUUCGUAGUGCUGCUGACGAUGUUUUGGAAACGUUAAAAACUGAUACCUUGAAAGAUUUUGAUAAAAAGAAAGAAAUUGAAUCAGUCAUUGGCAACAUCGAAUCAGAACAAUUUGCACAACUUGUCAAUUUGGCAAAGAAAAUCACAGAUUAUUCAACUGAUGGUGAAGCCAUGGAUGUCGAUGAGAAUGGAGGUAAGAUCGGCGAAAUUGACGAUGAACUUGGCGUUGCUGUUGUAUUUGAUGAGGAUGAAGAUGAAGAAGAAGAAGGAGAUCAAUUUGAGCUGAAAGACGAAGAAGAAGAUGAAGAUAUAGAUGAAGAACAAUUAACCGCUCAAAAUUCAGAAGAAGAUGAGGAUGAGGAUAAAGAACCUUCAGAUGAAGAAGACGGCUUCAAGACAGUUCUUCCUGGUCAAAGCAAAAAGAAAAGAUCAGCAUCGAAAAAACAAUCCUUUGCUGCGACGCAAGACGAGGAUAUUCUAUUACCACACGACAUUGGUGCUUUUUGGUUACAAAGCCAAAUUGCAAGCCAUUAUGAUGCACAUACAGCAACAAAAAAAACAGCCAAAGCUCUCGAAAUUCUCGGUUCUGAAAGAGAUAUUCGUGAAUGCGAAAAUGAUUUGAUGGAGCUGUUUGACUUUGACAAAUUUGAUUUGGUUCGUAUCCUCGUAAAGAACCGUGACCUCAUUUAUUGGUGCACUCAACUCGCUAGUGUAGCAGGUGACGAUAGAUUAGCUAUAGAAAAAGAAAUGCAGGAAAAGAAUUUGGGCUGGAUUUUACGUAGUUUAAGUGGAGAUCGCCAACUGCGUGGCGAAGCAUUAGAAAGAAAAGGUGUAGUAGACACAGCUAUGGAAAUCGAUAGUGAAGCCACCCGUAGUCGUGGUCAGUUGCCUACAACCAUUACCAUUCAACCUGGAACAACAGUAACUCCGCGAAAAAUGCUCGAUCUCGACGCACUUGCUUUUGAGCAAGGCUCUCAUCUUAUGUCAAAUAAAAAAGUCAAGCUUCCUGAUGGCUCAACUAAACGUACAAAAAAAGGCUAUGAGGAAAUUCACGUUCCUGCACCUAAACCUGAGCAAUUUGCUACCGGCGAGAAACUAGUCCCUAUCAAAUCUAUGCCUGACUGGACGCAUGAUGCUUUUGUUGGUCCGCAAACAUUGAAUCGUGUUCAAAGUAGACUUUACCCAACUGCAUUUGGAAGUGACGAAAAUAUUUUACUGUGUGCACCUACUGGUGCUGGUAAAACCAAUGUAGCCAUGCUUACUAUCCUGCACGAGAUUGGUAAGAACCGUGAUCCUGAAACCGGCUUGAUUGACCUCGAUGCUUUCAAAAUUGUGUAUAUUGCUCCCAUGAAGGCUUUGGUUGCUGAAAUGGUAGGCAAUUUCAGUAAACGUUUGGAGCCAUAUAACAUCAAGGUUGCUGAAUUGACUGGUGACCGCCAAUUGACGAAGCAACAAAUUGCAGAGACCCAAAUUAUUGUCACUACGCCCGAAAAGUGGGAUGUCAUUACUCGUAAAGCAACGGACCGUAGCUAUACUGCACUAGUGCGCCUGAUUAUUAUUGAUGAAAUUCAUUUGUUGCAUGAUGAUCGUGGUCCUGUACUCGAAAGUAUCAUUUCUCGUACCAUUCGUACUAUGGAACAGACUCAAGAACUUGUCCGUCUUGUUGGUUUAUCUGCCACCUUACCAAACUACGCUGAUGUGGCUGCCUUUUUGCGUGUUGAUAGCAAGACCGGUCUAUUCCAUUUUGACAGCUCCUUCCGUCCAUGUCCGUUAAAGCAACAAUUUAUUGGUGUGACAGAAAAGAAAGCUAUUAAACGUUUCCAAACGAUGAAUGAAGUAUGCUAUGAAAAAGUCAUGGAGCAGAUUGAUCAGAGAGAGGAGAACCAGGUACUUGUUUUUGUUCACUCCCGUAAAGAAACUGCCAAAACUGCCAAAACACUCCGAGAUAUGGCUUUGGACAAGGAUACUAUUGCUCGUUUCUUGAAGCAGGAUUCAGCCAGUCGUGAGAUUUUGCAAACUGAAGCAGCCACAGUCAAGGAUGCCAAUUUGCAAGACCUCUUACCUUACGGUUUUGCAAUUCAUCAUGCUGGUAUGACUCGUGCUGAUCGUACACUUGUGGAAGAGUUGUUUGCGGACGGACAUAUUAAGGUCUUAUGCUCCACGGCAACUCUUGCUUGGGGUGUCAAUUUACCUGCACACGCCGUUAUAAUUAAAGGUACACAGAUUUACUCACCUGAGAAGGGUCGUUGGGUUGAACUCUCCCCUCAAGAUGUACUGCAAAUGUUAGGACGUGCCGGUCGUCCGCAAUUUGAUACAUACGGUGAAGGCAUCAUUAUUACGGCUCAUUCAGAGUUACAAUACUAUUUGUCACUCAUUAACACUCAACUUCCAAUCGAAUCACAAUUUGUUUCUCGACUUGCUGACAAUCUUAAUGCAGAAAUUGUCUUAGGCACUAUCAGAAACCGUGAUGAAGCGGUACAAUGGUUAGGUUAUACUUAUCUUUAUGUUCGUAUGCUUCGCAACCCUACCUUGUACAAUAUUUCAUUAGACGAAUUAGAUGAAGAUCCCCAUUUGGAACAGAAACGUGUUGAUUUGAUUCAUUCUGCAGCAACACUCUUGGAUAAAUGUAAUCUCAUCAAAUAUGACAAAAAGACAGGUCGUUUCCAAGUCACAGAGCUCGGUCGCAUUGCAUCUCAUUACUAUGUCACUCAUCACUCUAUGGCAACUUAUAACCAACACUUACGUCCUAUGAUGACUGAAAUUGAAUUGUUCCGUGUAUUUGCUUUAUCUGAUGAGUUCAAGUAUAUCCCUGUUCGUGAAGAAGAAAAGAUGGAGUUACAAAAAUUACUUGAACGCGUACCAGUGCCUGUUAAAGAAAGCAUAGAUGAAUCCACAGCCAAAAUUAAUGUGUUGUUACAAGCUUAUAUUUCACAAUUGAAGUUGGAAGGCUUCGCAUUAGUUGCAGAUAUGGUCUACGUUACUCAAAGUGCUGCUCGUAUUUUACGUGCUAUGUUUGAAAUAUGUUUAAAGCGUGGUUGGUCUCAAUUAACAAAGAAAGCAUUGAAUUUAUGUAAGAUGGUGGAGAAACGUAUGUGGCUGCCCAUGUCCCCUCUUCGUCAAUUCAAGACUAUGCCUCAAGAUAUUGUCCGUCGACUUGAACGUAAAGAAUUCCCUUGGGAGCGUUACUUCGAUUUAAAUGCCCAAGAACUUGGCGAACUUAUUGGACAACCUAAAGCGGGCCGAACUUUGCAUAAAUUUGUCCAUCAAUUCCCCAAACUGGAUCUUCAAGCACAUGUUCAGCCUGUUACCCGAUCUUUGUUGAAGGUAGAAUUGACCAUUACUCCAGACUUCCAAUGGGAUGAAAAAGUCCAUGGUUUCGCUGAAGCAUUUUGGAUUCUGGUGGAAGAUGUUGAUGGUGAACAUAUUUUGCAUCAUGACUACUUUGUUCUAAGACAGAGAUAUGCGGAAGAAGAACACCUGGUCACAUUUACGGUGCCUUUGUAUGAACCUUUGCCACCCAAUUACUUUGUUACCGUUGUUGCUGAUCGUUGGUUACAUUGUGAGACUAAAUUACCUAUCUCCUUCAAGCAUUUGAUCCUUCCUGAAAAGUAUGCACCGCACACUGAACUUCACGAUCUUCAACCUUUGCCUAUCUCAGGUCUCAACAAUGUGGAAUAUGAAAAGCUUUACUCUGCUUGGAUUAAUCACUUCAAUCCUAUUCAAACACAAGUGUUCAACGCAUUAUAUACUACGAAUGAAAACGUCUUCAUCGGUGCACCGACUGGUUCUGGCAAGACAAUUUGUGCUGAGUUUGCUCUCUUCCGCUUAUGGAAUCAGAAGGCUGACUCACGCGUUGUAUACAUUGCACCAUUCCAAGAACUAGUUGAUGAACGUGUUGCAGAAUGGAAGGAGAAGUUUGGCAAAUUAGGAAAGGAAGUUGUUGCUUUAACUGGAGAAACUAGUGCUGAUUUGAAGUUAUUAGAACGUGGUGAUAUUAUCUGUGCAACACCCACCCAAUGGGAUGUUAUUUCUCGUCGCUGGAAGCAAAGAAAGAAUGUGCAAAAUGUUGAUUUGUUUAUCGCUGAUGAGGUACAUAUGAUUGGCAGCAGUAUCGGUCCCACAUACGAAGUCAUUGUGUCAAGAAUGAGAUACGUCGCUUCUCAAACGCAGAAGCUUAUUCGCAUUGUCGCUUUGAGCACUUCGCUCGCCAAUGCUCGUGAUUUAGGUGAAUGGAUGGGUGCUACUUCUCAAACUGUCUUCAAUUUCCAUCCUUCUGUCCGUCCUGUACCUUUGGAGAUUCAUAUUCAAAGCUACAAUAUUCCUCAUUUUGCUUCACUAAUGAUGGCCAUGGCUAAACCUACUUAUCUUGCUAUCACUGGUUAUGCUGAGAAUCGACCUUCUAUUGUCUUUGUUCCCUCAAGGAAACAAUGUAAAUUAACGGCUAUUGAUCUCAUCACAUACUGUGUUGCCGAUGAUAAGCCUUAUCAGUUUUUGAACUGCAAGCCUGAGGAGAUUGAAUCGUUAUUGGGACGUAUUCAGGAUAAAUCUCUCGUCGAAACUUUGCAACAUGGUAUUGGUUUCUAUCAUGAAGCUUUAUCAAAGCAAGACAAACUCAUCGUAGAACAACUCUAUGAAACCGGUGCUAUCAAGGUCAUUAUUGCCUCUCGCGAUACUUGUUGGGGUAUUCGAAUGCACUCCUACAUGGUAAUCGUUAUGGGUACACAGUAUUUCGAAGGCAAAGAACACCGUUAUGCUGACUAUCCUAUUACCGAUGUUUUACAAAUGAUUGGUCGUGCUUGUCGUCCCAAUACUGAUGAAACUGGUAAAUGUGUCUUGAUGUGCCAAGGCAACAAAAAAGAAUACUAUAAGAAGUUCUUAUACGAAGCCCUACCUGUUGAAUCUCAUUUGGAUUUGUCCCUACAUGAUCAUUUCAAUGCCGAAAUUGUAACAAAGACAAUAGAAAAUAAGCAGGAUGCUGUUGAUUAUCUUACCUGGACGUUCCUUUACCGUCGUAUGGCGCACAAUCCCAAUUACUAUGGUUUGCAAGGCACUUCACAUCGCCAUAUGUCCGACCAUCUUUCAGAACUUGUUGAAAAUACAUUAAACGACCUCGAAGAAACUAAGUGUAUUACUAUUGAAGAUGAAAUGGAUAUCAUACCACUCAAUUUGGGUAUGAUUGCAGCUUAUUAUAAUAUCAAUUACACAACCGUUGAUAUGUUCAGUGUUAGUCUCAAGAAUACCACUAAAAUCAGAGGCCUUUUGGAAAUUGUUUCUUCCGCUACUGAAUUUGAUACCAUUCCUAUUCGUCAUCAUGAGGAAUCACUUCUUCAACGUAUCUACGACCGUGUUCCUAUUAAGCUUGCUAACCCCAAGUUCAAUACACCGAGAAUCAAAACAAAUGUUUUGUUACAAGCACACUUCUCCCGUAUACAAUUGCCACCCGAUCUUCAAUCAGAUCAAGUUUUGGUUGUCGAGAAGAUUAUUCCUUUACUUCAAGCAUGUGUUGAUGUUAUUUCCUCAAAUGGUUGGUUAUCUCCAGCAUUAGCUGCUAUGGAACUAUCACAAAUGUCUGUCCAAGCAAUGUGGGACCGCGAUUCACCGCUUAAGCAAAUCCCUUACUUUACCAACGAUAUCAUCAAGCGAUUUGAAGCAAAUGAAGUUGAAUCUGUUUUUGAUAUUAUGGAGAUUGAUGAUGAUGUUCGUAACGAUUGUCUUAAGAGCUUGAAUCAACGUCAAAUGGGCGAGGUGGCUCGUUUCGUUAAUAGAUACCCCAAUAUUGACAUUGGUUUUGAAGUGGCGGAGAGAGAUUCUGUUGCAGCAGGAGGCAUUGUCAAUAUCAAGGUUCAAUUGGAACGAGAAAUCGACGAGGAUGAUGCUGGUAAGGAUAUUGGUCCUGUAAUCGCACCCUUCUUCCCCAAAAAGAAGGAUGAAGGUUGGUGGAUUGUUGUUGGUGAUCCUGAGACCAAGACAUUAUUAGCAAUCAAGAGAGUCACUCUACAGCAACAAUUAACAGUGGCAUUAGAUUUCAUUGCACCUAAGGCUGGCCAACACACACUGAAAGUUUAUUUAAUGUCAGAUAGUUAUAAUGGUUGUGAUCAAGAAUUAGAUAUGGAUCUGGACGUUGCUGAAGGUGAAAGUAGUGAAGAAGAUGAAGAUGAGUCUAUGGACGAAGAUGAAGAUUAAGCCUAUUAUAAUUGUUAAAAUUGACUUUCUUACACGAUUAUGUUUGGUCUUUAUUAUAUGUUAAUUGCUUUCUGCCCCUCCUCCCCCUCCGUAUGUAAUAAUAAACCUUUGUAGAUUUUUCAGUACUCU